GAGUUGAAAUAUUGGACAAAAACGUGACAACUGAGCGCACGAAGAACUGAACCCGGCGCUAUAGCACCACAAUGUGCAGCGAGCGGUCGGCUGUCAGUCAGCGAAUGUAAACAGAGGGCGGCACUGUCAAGGUGGAAAAGUGGUUUGUUAUCAGUGAGACCGUGAGCGAGUGAGGGAAAACGACGACCCUUUUUCCGCAGGGCAAUUGUGAACCAUUUCAGAAGAAGGAAAAGCUGGAACAAAUUUCCAUAGCGACGUGCAGGAACAACGGUGCGUGUGCGCGUGCGGCAGGGUACACACUGGCAGGCGUGAGAACAAAACCCAAAAACCCUUCGGGCCGGGUGUAUCCUGAAGCGGAGCGUUUGUUUACCUUUUUUCUGUGUGUGUGUGUUCUCCGUACAACUCUCCCAGAUCUGCCGAACCGUGCACCGUGAUUGAGGCUUUGUUGGAAACAGGAUUUGCGUGACGGGCAUGAUGGGUGGCAGAGAGUAGCCACCUGCCACGAUCCCACCAACCCCUGACGCCCACCUCCGUGUUUUGGAUGGCAUCAAUCGGCCGAGCGAGCGAAGGAAAGCGAACGAACGGAGCGGAUCGUUAGGCGCCGCAACAUCCCUGAGGGAAGGAGGAGAGGCCACCUCGUGCGAUGGUGGCCGGAUCGUGCGAGCCGGCAGCGAACGAGCAGCCCGGGCUCGGUACGGCGGAAGCGCUCCAGCGGCUGCACGACGACAUCGAGUCGAUGCUGCGCGGGUACGAGGAGCGCUACCGGCGCCAGCACUGGGCGGAGAAGGUGCGCUCGUCGCUGGUCGGCAGCUCGACCAGCCCGUUGGGCUGGUUCCCGGUGCUGGCCUCGCUGCUCUGCGCCCUGUCGCUCACCGUCACCGGGUACUACUGGUCGGCCGGGCUGCUGCUGGUGCUGCUGGUGCUCACGAUCGCGCUGGUGGUGCGCGAGAACAACCUACGCCGGACGGAGAUCUACCGGAAGCUGCGCACGGUGCUGCACGAGAUCCGGCUCGGCGUCCGGCUCUGCCCGGACUGGACGGUGGACAAUUAUCCGCACCUGUGCAGCCCGCUCUCGCCGUGCGUCACGUUGCAGUGGACGUACCGGGACGGGCGGAUCGUCAACCUGCCGUGGGCGCUGCUGGUGCGGGGCGACCACAUCGUGAUGCGGCCGGGGCAGGUGUCGCCUGGCACCUGCCGGGAGGUGGGGGGCCGCGGGCGCCGCUUCAAGUGUGGCGAAACGUACGGGUUGCAGCAGCCGACCGAGCCGCCGGUCAAGCCGAUCGCCCGGUCGCCCCUGCCCGACCUGGUGUGCGCGGUCGAGGCGACGCCGUACCUGGACAUACUGCGCAAAUCGCUCGACUGCUUUCUCGACCGCCCGAAAACGAUCAUCAACCAGCAGCGGGAGCUGCUGGUGUCCCGCUGCCUGCAGCGCUGGGGCUUCGGCCUGAUCCUCUUCCUCACCGUCUCGAUCGGCAUCCUGCGGAACGUGGGCCUGUACCUGCAGGGCAAGCUGCCGACCAACUGGAUGAACGUGUUUCUGCUCAACCCGACCGCCGCCGUGCUGCCGCUGCUGCCGCUCGUCUUCCCGCUGCUCUGGGUCGCGAUCAAUCUGUGGGGCGUGGCGCGGCUCGAGACGCUCCUGUCCAUCCCGCAGGCGGUGAUGCGCGCCCAGGCCCAGAAAUCCUUCGCCGAGGAUCUCGACACGCCCACGUGCGAUCUCGACCACGUGAAGCUGCCCCGCCGCACCGUCUUUUUCUACUGGUGGCAGCUGCUUAAGGGCCGAUCGGAGCUGCUCGGGCGCAGUGCCAGCGUCGUCCAGGUGCUUGGGACGAUUACGGCCCUGUGCUGUGUCGACAAGAAGGGCAUCCUGUCCUGGCCGAACCCGACCGCCGAGAAGGUGUUCUUUCUGCGGAAUGCGCGCGAAGGCGACCUCAACACGGAUCAGUCCGAGCAGAGCAGCCUCAACUCGCAGUGCUGCCAGGAGCAUUACCACCCACUCUCACAUAUCAUCGAGCUGAGCUCGCAAAAGGAACCGCUCGGCGCGAUAGCGGAGGUGCUGGACCUCACGCACGACCAGCACAGCCCGUUCAAGCUCGAGUUCGACGAUCACGACUUCAAGAACCAUCUGACCUCGCUGAAACCGCUCGGUAUCGCCAUCCUGGUGAACACGUGCUGCCCGCUGACGCAGGCCCACUACGCCAAGUUCUGCGGGCACGUGACGGCGGCCGCGAUGCUCGACAAGGAUCUCGUUCCGGUCACCAAUCGGUAUGCGAUUGUUGAGUCGAGUUUGAAUUGCUUUAUGCAUGGGCGCUGUCUGUGCGAGCUGGCAAAGCAGAUCGGAUUUUCGCCCCAGGCCCGGGACAUCUUCCAGCUCGAGGGUCAAAUCUCCAGCUACCGGCAUCUGCAACCGGACGUGGUGCGGCGCGACAUACGGUUCGCCCGGUCGCUGCAGCUCGCGACCAAGGUGAAGGUGCCGUUCCCGCACUCGCUGUCGGUGGUGAUGCGCGAAAUCAACAACGGCUCGCUGCAGCUGCUGACCCAGGGCACGGCGGACAUCGUGCUGGACUGCUGCGACGACUACUGGGACGGGCACGAUCUGCAGCCGCUGACCGAGAAGGAGCGCAAGCGGGCGCAGGACUUCUACCAGCGGUCCGCCCUCACCGCCUACUGUACCGCGUUCGCGUACCGGCCCCUGCGCCACGGCAUCAGCGGGGCGCUGUCCGGGGGGCCGAAGGCGGGCGGCAGCGUCGCCUAUCUGGAGCUGCCGCCGGAGACGAAGCACCGGCGGGAUCUGUAUCGGCGCGAAAACUACAGCGACCUGGUGGUGACCGGCGGCGGCGCUCAUCAGUCGCUCAUCGGCGGCUACGUGGAUGAUGGUGCCGAUGGGGGUGGCGGCGGUGGUGGUGGCACCAUCGCUGGGACGGCCGGGCCGCGGGCCGGCAGCGUGGCCGGGCUGGGCAGCGUGGCCCCGCUCGCGCACCAUUCCAUCUCGACCGACUCGCUGCUGUUCAACGACAGCCGGGACGACGACAUCUCGGACGUGGACGGGUGCUACCGGAUGCAGUGCCACCAGGUGUUUAUCGGCAUGGUGACGAUGCAGUACCAGGCGCAGACCGACAUCGUGCAGCUGAUCGAGCGGCUCGAGCGGGCCUGCAUCCGCUUCGUGCACUUCAGCAAGGAGAACGAGCUGCGGUCGCGCGUGUUCUCCGAGAAGAUGGGGCUGGAGAGUGGGUGGAACUGUCACAUCUCGCUGCUGAGCGACGGGGACAGCCGGGCGUCCUCGCCGGCGCGGGACGAGUGCGGCGAGUCCGGCACGGGCGACCCGUGUGAGGGGGGGCCCGAGCGGGUCCGGCUGCUCGACGUGCCGCUGUCGCUCGAGUCGUCCAGGGCGCUCAGCUCGUCGGCCCCGUGUGCCAUCUCCAAUCCGGACACGAACAGCUUGCUGGAGCCGGGACAGGGCGCCCCUGGCCGCACCUCGCCCGCCCCGAGCGAGCGUUCGUCGUCCGGCGGUGGCGGCGGCGGCGGCGGCGAGGACCAGGACCCGAAGCACGGGAAGGCGGUGAGCGUCGGCGGCCACUGCCGGUCGCUCAGCUGCCUCACCGACAGCACCGAGCAGAGUGCGCCGAUCAACUUCGACAUGUCGAACCGGGCGAAGCUGCCGCGCGGCAUCGAGAACAUCCGGCCGCACCUGGAGCACGUGGACAACGUGCCGCUGCUGGUGUCGCUCUUCACCGACUGCUCGGCGGAGGCGACGCGCGAGAUGCUCAACAUCAUGCAGCAGUACGGCGAGAUCGUGGUGUGCCUCGGCUCGUCCGCCUCCAACUCCAACUCGGAGAUCUUCCUGCAGGGCGACUGCUCGAUCGCGAUCGAGCCGCUCUACCCGCAGGUCUGCCAGGAGUACCCGGCGUACAGCGAGUCGAACAUCUACAACAACCGGGCCCGGUUGCGGCCCGAUGCUGGCGGUGGUGGUGGUGAUAGCGACGAAAGCCAGCAGCAGAAAGAGCGUCGGGAGGGGCCGCUGCCCGAUCGGUGCAACACCAUCUCGCCGGUCUACCUCAGCCGCAUCCUCAACUCGAUCUCCUGCUCGAUCGCGACCUGCCGGGACGAUCCGAUCUCGAUCGUGGCGGUGAUCGAGCUGUCCCGCCGCUUCAUGGCCGGCCUGUGGAGCUGCGUGCAGUACUGGGCGUGCUGUGGCGCGUCGCUCGCCAUCAUGAACACGGUCACCGCGAUCCUGUCCCUGCCGCCGAUGGUCGUGCCGCUGCACACGCUCUACCUGAUGUGCAUCGUGGUGCCGCUCGUCGCCCUCACGCUGCUGCGCGUCGAGCCGGACCCGGCGCUGAUGAAGCGGGCGACGGGCAAGAAGCAGAAGACGCUCAGCUCCCGCCUGGUGCUGUUUGUGCUGUGGUGCUACGGCAUCAAGUUUGCGCUCGCCAUCCUGGUGCUGGUGCUCGCCUACUGCACCUUUCUGUCCCACCCGAUCGAGCUGUUUGCCGGCGGUGGCGGUGGCGGUGGCGCUGGAUCACUCGCGGACGCCCCGUCCGCCGGCACGACCCGGGCCGUGGUGCAGCGGGACGCGGCCGAGACGGAGCGGGCGCUGGCGGGCGACCUGCACGUCGCCCGCUCCUUCAUACUGCUCGGCAUCGUGCUGCACUUCGUCACCAUCUCGGCGUCGUUCGUGCACCGCGACUACAACUGCUUCAAGCGCAGCCCGCUCACCAACCUCUGCUGGGUGUCGGUCGUCGCCCUGCUGCUGCUGGUGCAUCUCGGGCUGGCCGUGCUGCAGCUCUGCACCGACGACCAUCUGUGGCGCGAGAUGGAGCGCGUCUGGCCGAUCGUGCUCGGCAUCGUGCUGACCGUGCUCGUCACCUUUGCCGCGAGCGAGUUCUUCAAGUGGGAGGAAAUCAAGGUCAACAAUCGCUACAUACGGCGUGCAAGACUAGACUUUGGCACCAAGCUCGGCAUGAAUUCGCCCUUUUAAAGCGCCAGCGUCAAUUUGCAAUCGGAACGAUAUAGAUUUUAUUUAAGGAACGGUGCAGGCAGGUGCUUACAUGUGCAUUUUAUGGUCACGGGCUCACAAGCGACAAGGCGAGCGUGCCUCUCCACUAGCCCAGCGCGUAUCCUCUAUGUGUUAGCGUUACUGUGUUAUAGAUUUUUGUUUAGUUUUGUUUUAAUUUUAUCACUCAAAACGCUUCAAAACGCCCUUCGAAGCAGGGGGGAGCAAGAUUUUAGUCACGAUUUAAUGUAUUCAAGGUAGUGCAAUCAAUCAGUGGGCAGUGCACUGUCCGCGCGUUCCUGUCCUGUUGGAGGAGCGGGUUGUGGGUCGCGCCAUUUCGUCUCGACGUAUUUUAGCGCACGCAAGGCAGGACAAAAACACAAACACACAACAAUCAAUAGAAACUAUGCCGUAUGUAUUCAUGUAUAAAUCAACUUUUUUUUUUUUUUUGCAAAUGCUCCGUGCAGCGGACAACGGACAAAUGCAAAAGAAAUAAUAAAAAAAACAAAAUCAAACAAACAA